AUUCUUUGCUACAAUGGGAAUAUAAGUAUGAUGAAAGGUGAUCGAUAAAUUUUGUAAGGUUCAAUCAUAGGUAAAAGUAAGAUUAAACGCACCAGUUUAUCACAGUUGUAACGUCAACUGAGUCCGAAUCAAUCUGCCCCAGAAUUGAAACAAACAUUACAAAAAAGUUCGUUGAAAUGCUUUACAGAUCUUACGGCUUUCAAUUCCUGUACUUGACCGUUUUUAAUGUCUAUCAAAGCUACUUCUAUGACGUAUAUACAUCGUAAUAAUUCCCUAUUAGGUGGAAGCAAUCCAAAACGCAUGAAUUUAAACACGAACAACUGAUCGACCAUUGACAGCGCCAGUUUCUUUUACUUAUUUUUGUGUAUUUUUCAAAACCGUCUUGUAUCAACUAUUUUGAAUAAUUGCAUUAAUGGCUGAUACAGUCAAGUUUCAUUCCGAGAAUGAGCCAGCUCUGCAGGUGAAUGAAUCACCUAACGAGGAAACAGAAAGAAAACAAGAGAACAUGCAAGAAAUCAAAAAUAUCCAACAAAAAAACCAGACGACAAGCGAAGAGCAAAAAGAGAAGCAAGAAGAGCACAAAAAUCCUGGUAAUACUUUGGAUGCUUCUGGCAAUGUGCAUACACAGUCGGAGACAGAAUUAAAACAAGAACAACAGCAGAAGAACAAAGAGACAGGUAAUGCAAUUUUACCGGAACAAGCUGAUCACCAGCAUGUAUGGUCAAACAACCCUGACGAGCCAUACGCGAAGCAGUGGGCACCUACAAUGAAUGAGCCGCCGCAAGGAAUGAAUGAUGCCCGACAAAAUAGUUUGGACAUGGCAGCGCCACGCCGUCGAAGCAGUCAAUCUUCUUUGUUGGAUCGAACAAUGACAGACUUGAAAACAAUAUUUGAUACGUCUGAUCAGUCAAGUAUUACAAGCAAAAAGUCCAGAUUGCAUCACUCCACACCCUUGGAACCUGUUCAGCCUGAGGAUUUGGUUUGGAACUUGCAAAUCAAAGCACUUAAAUACAUUAUUGUUGCUUCUGUGGUAUGCUACUUGGUGGGUCGUUGGAAAUAUGGCAUAAUCUUUGGUUUCCUUUUAAUCUGUUUCUGUGCUUGGGCCUAUUGGAAUCUGGGCAGAACAAGUUCUGAAGGCUUACAAUGGCAAUUAGAAAAGCAAGAAGGAUUGAAAACUCUGUACACCUCUGAAGGCGAAUCAGUUGAAUGGUUGAACUACAUGGUUGAAAAAAUUUGGCGUAGCGUUGAUCCAGAAAUCUUCGCUGAUGUCGAGGAUAUAUUGGAAGAUACAUUACAAAGUGUAGCACCGAAGAUUAUUCAAGCCGUGAAGGUUUCUGAUUUUGAUCUUGGUGUUCAGGCACCGCGGGUCCAAAUGAUUCGUGUGUUUCCUCCGUUACCAGGUCAACCAGAAGAAAGCAUUUUUGGUGAAGCUGCAUUCAGUUUCCAUGCCCACCCUGUUGCCUCACUUGUCACCAACCGUGGUCCAAAAUCAACACCUCCUGGCUUAGCUAUUCGAUUUCAAACUGCUCUUAAGGCACCUAUAGACAUAAAAGCUGAGCUCACGGCUUUGUCAGGAAAGAUUCGUUUCAAGAUUUUGACCGCACCUGGUAUACCUUUCAUUUCGAAAGUAACAAUUGCAUUUACCAGUGUACCAAAGAUUGAAACUGGAGUCAUGCCCUUAUCUAAGCAUUUGAAUAUUAUGAAUCUACCUACCAUCAAAACGCUUGUGAAUGAAGGCAUCAAGCUUGGAUUUGCUGAUUUAGUAGACCCCAAGAGUAUGACAGUUGAUGUCCGCGCCCUUAUGGGUGCAUUUAAUCAAGAUACCAAUGCAAUUGGUGUGGUAAAAGUUGAAGUAAGAGGCGCAACAAGAGAUGCUUCUCUCAAUUUACAAGAUAUGGAAGAUUCUUACGCCAGUUUAUCAUUAAGCACUCAACCGAAGAAGAGUUCUUCCAGCACUCGUAUCCUUACCAAUGAUAAGGAUCCGAGAUGGGAUGAAAACCUUUACGUACUCGUUUAUAAAGAUGAUGUUGUAACCGAUACCAAGGUUGACGUCAAGGUUUGGGACGCUGAUAAAGUAAAAUUUGAUGACUUGUGGGGAUCUGUAUCAGUUUCUGUAAAAGAUAUCGUACAAGGAAAACUUGACAAGCUUGGCAAUGUCGAAAGCUACUGCCAGGAAGAGCGCACCAUUUAUGAUGGUUGGGUGCCAAUUGACGGCAAAAAUGAAGAGGAAUCGAAGGUCAAACUCAACAUGAAGAUGAGUUUCCAUCCUAAAUAUCCUACAGCCGGUAUGGAAAUUUUCUCUGGAGAUAUGAUAUCAAAGAAAGAGAAACCUGAAGCCGUACGGAAACAAGAGGAAAAAGAAAUGGACGCUUUACUGAACCAGCCACUUGAUCCUUUGCACACAAACGGCAUUUUGUCUGUUACAAUUCACCAAGCAGUUGAUUUGGAGAUCGGUGAUCCUGAAGUUCUACCGACGACCGAAGAAUUCAAACAUCCAUAUAGUCCUAACUCUGUUGUGAGUCCUUACGCUUGUUUCUAUAUUAACGAUAAGAAAGUUUAUCAAACCCGUACCAAGUUAAGAAACCCUAGUCCUCAUUGGAACGCUAUCACUGAAAAUUUUGUUCGUGAUAUCAAUAACACUAGCAUUCGAAUCUCUGUCAAGAACUCCGUUGAGCUUGAGCGUGACCCAGUCCUUGGUACAAAAUGUUUUUCACUGAAAGAUCUUUUCCAAGACCAAGGAGAUAAAUUCAAGGAAGUUCAAAAAUGGAUCCCCUUAUCAAACGGUAUCGGUUUUGGUAAAGUUUUGCUUUCCAUCAAAUAUAAGCCCGUAAAGAUGACUUUGCCUCGAGAAUUACAAGGCUGUGAUGUUGGCACACUUGUAGUUGAGAGAUUGAGCCUGUCGAACCUCAAAGACCCAUUUACACAGGACGACAUUAAUUCUACAAAGGCUACACUUGCUCUUAAUGUCGACCCAGCCAUCAUCAAGCGACUAAAAUCCAAAAACAUUGGCCAAAGACCUCCAAUUGAUGAAACAGAAGUGGAUCCUGACAUUGUCGAGAAGUCUGGCCCUUAUGGUUGGUAUGGUCAACACCUUUACUUCCCAUUAAUGAUGCGCUAUCGUACAGCACUUUAUGUACAGUUGUCUCAAGGUACUGUGAGCACCAAUAAAGCAACGGGCCGAUGCUGGUUGAAGCAUACUGUCGAUAAUGAAUGGCAAGAUAUUACUAUCGGUCUUCAUGAUCAUAUCAGUUUAAGUUCCAAAUUAUCAAACCGCAACGAGGAUGCAUGGAGUGAGGAGGGUAGAUAUGGUCAAGUCACCUUGCGUAUUAAAAUAAUUCCAGGAUUCUCUGCAGUUCACACUCAUUUACGCUCUUAUCGUAAAGAUAUGGUUGGUGCUGACCCAUUCUAUGGUGAAACGCUAAAAGUCAAGGCUCAGAAAUGGAUCAAAGAACAGAAUGAAAAGAAGGAAAAGACAGGCAACGAAGAAGAAGACGAUAUUGAGAAUGAUUAUGACUUGCAAACAGCUGUUCAAGAGGAGAAAAAUAAAACGCAUUCGAACAGUAACAAUGGUUUUGAUGGUAGAAGAAGACGUUCUAGUAGUAUUUCUUCAGAAUACGGUGAAGAUGACGAUACAGAUGAUUCUGAUGCAGAUUUACCUGUUGACAUUGACGAGACAGAGAUGCAUGCUGAUAUAAUCGAUCAAAAGAAAAAGAGUAAAAUCAGUAAGCACAGAGUUGUUCGUAAGGUUGCUUGGGGACUGGAUAAGGUCAAGCAUAAGGUGGAUGUUUUGAGGGAAGGAUUCAAUUCUGAAAGUAGAGCUGAACGUUCUGUAGCCAAAGAAAUUUAGGUGUUUCUGUUUUCCAUUAUGUAUAUUUUUACUCACUAACUAUCUUAUACUUGUAUUGUUUUUUAUCAUUACUUUGUAUACAAAUCAAUAACAUUUGUACUUUAAAUGCACCUAUUGACUCUCUCAAGAUAAACUUUUACAUUUGUUCUCCUACAGAGCAGCUUUUAGAACCCAGCAUGCAUUGUUGGUUAUAAACCCUACAUCUUAGUUCAAAGUUUUCACGGAUACAAGCAAUGAG